AUGCCGCUGCGGCUCGGCAGUAACCGCGCGGCCGCCCUGCUGCUCGUCCUGCACUGCUGCUGCGUUUCACUUCUCUUCCCGUCGCCGGCGGCCGCUGCCCACGGCCACCAUCCCGCCGGGGACGGCGUCGUGAUCAGCGAGGCGGACCGGCAGGGCCUGCAGGCCAUCAAGGGGGACCUCUCCGACCCCCGCGGCUUCCUCCGCUCCUGGAACGCCACCGGCCUCGGCGGCGCCUGCUCGGGCGCCUGGACGGGGAUCAAGUGCGUCAACGGCAACGUCGUCGCCAUCACGCUCCCCUGGCGCGGCCUCGCCGGCACCCUCUCCGCGCGGGGGCUCGGCCAGCUCACCCGGCUCCGCCGCCUCAGCCUCCACGACAACGCCAUCGCCGGGGCCGUCCCGAGCUCGCUCGGCUUCCUCCCCGACCUCCGCGGCCUCUACCUCUUCAACAACCGCUUCUCCGGCGCCGUCCCGCCGGAGAUCGGCCGCUGCCUCGCGCUGCAGUCUUUCGACGCCAGCAGUAAUCUCCUCACCGGCGUCCUCCCGGCCUCGAUUGCCAACUCCACCAAGCUCAUCCGCCUCAACCUAAGCCGCAACGCCAUCUCCGGCGAGGUCCCCGCGGAGGUCGUCGGCUCCUCGUCGCUCCUCUUCCUCGACCUCUCAUACAACAAGCUCUCCGGCCGCAUCCCCGACUCUUUCGGGGGUGGCUCCAAGGCGCCGUCCUCGUCCUCGCGGAAAGAAGCCGUCACCGGGAGCUACCAGCUCGUCUUCCUCAGCCUCGCGCACAACUCGCUCGACGGGCCGGUGCCGGAGUCGCUCGCCGGGCUCAGCAAGCUGCAGGAGGUUCACCUGGACGGCAACAACCUCAACGGCUCCAUCCCUGCCCAGCUGGGGUCGCUUCACGACCUCAAGACGCUCGACCUCUCGGGCAACGCGCUCGCCGGAGAGAUCCCGGAGAGCCUUGCAAACCUCACCGCAACGCUCCAGUCCUUCAACGUCUCGUACAACAACCUCUCCGGCGCGGUGCCGGCCUCGCUCGCCCAGAAGUUUGGGCCCACCUCCUUCGCCGGUAACAUACUGCUCUGCGGCUACUCUGCUUCCUCGCCGCCCUGUCCCGUGUCUCCGUCUCCGGCGCCGGCAUCAACCUCGCAGGGGGCAGCCGGGCGCCACGGCCUCCGCAAGUUCAGCACCAAGGAGCUCGCACUGAUCAUCGCCGGGAUCGUGAUCGGCGUCCUCAUCUUGCUGUCGCUCUGCUGCCUCCUGCUCUGCUUAUUGACAAGGAAGAAGAAGUCCGGCACUAGCACCGGAGCACGGAGCGGGAAGCAGUCGUCAAGCAAGGACGCCGCCGGCGCCGGCGCCGCUGCAGCUGCCGGGCGAGGCGAGAAGCCGGGGGCGUCCGAGGCGGAGUCCGGCGGCGACGUGGGAGGCAAGCUGGUGCACUUCGACGGGCCGCUGGCGUUCACGGCCGACGACCUGCUGUGCGCCACCGCGGAGAUCAUGGGGAAGAGCACGUACGGCACGGUGUACAAGGCGACGCUGGAGGACGGCAGCCUGGUGGCCGUGAAGCGGCUGCGGGAGAAGAUCACCAAGGGGCAGAAGGAGUUCGAGGCGGAGGCGGCGGCGCUCGGCAAGGUCCGGCACCCCAACCUGCUCUCGCUCAGAGCCUACUACCUCGGCCCCAAGGGGGAGAAGCUGCUCGUCUUCGAUUACAUUCCCAAGGGCAGCCUCUCCGCCUUCUUGCACGCUCGAGCUCCGAACACGCCGGUGGACUGGGCGACGCGGAUGGCGAUCGCCAAGGGGACGGCCCGCGGGCUCGCCUACCUCCACGACGACAUGAACAUCCUCCACGGCAACCUCACCGGCAGCAACGUCCUCCUCGACGACGACUCCAGCCCCAAGAUCGCCGACAUCGGCCUGUCCCGCCUCAUGACGGCCGCCGCCAACUCGAGCGUGCUCGCCGCGGCGGGCGCGCUGGGGUACCGCGCGCCGGAGCUGUCCAAGCUCAAGAAGGCCAGCGGCAAGACGGACGUGUACAGCCUCGGCGUGAUCAUCCUGGAGCUCCUCACCGGCAAGUCCCCCGCCGACACGACCAACGGCAUGGACCUGCCGCAGUGGGUGGGGUCCAUCGUGAAGGAGGAGUGGACGAACGAGGUGUUCGACCUGGAGCUGAUGCGGGACACGGCCGCCGGCCCGGAGGGGGACGAGCUCAUGGACACGCUCAAGCUCGCGCUGCAGUGCGUCGAGGUCUCGCCGUCGGCCAGGCCCGAGGCGCGGGAGGUGCUGCGGCAGCUCGAGGAGAUCCGGCCUGGGCCGGAGGGCGGCGCCGGGCCAAGCGAGGAAGGCCAUGUUGCUUCUGCAAGCAACGAGUAG